AAAAAGCAUUAGCAUUGUCCAACUGUAAAUGAAAAAAAUAUAUUAUCCUGCAUUUUUAAUAAGAUUUGUACGGACUUGUUAUUCUCCACGACGUUUGCUGAAAAAGAAUUGAAUAUAAAAAAAGUAUGGGAUACUGCAGGCAGGUCUUUAGGCCCUGCUGGAACCACGAAAGCCAGUCAAUAAUGUAUUAAUAGAAUACUCAACGAUACAAUCAUGUCAUGUGUCAAUGUCAUAUAAACGUGUUUCCUUACUGUCAGUUCUCUUGUAGUUCACAUAAAGAUGGCUGUGAUAGCCCUUCUUUCCUUAUAGUACACGUGUGGGAAGUGAGCAAAGUUUGUAACUGUGAAAUAUUGUCAACAUGACGGACGUUAUGACCGGCAUUUACAUUUAUACUUUUGCUUACAAACUAAUGUGUUAAAAAACUAGCAGAUGCACUACAUGUAGUUUGUUAUACUGUUUUAUUGUAGACCUUUGAGAUGAGACACUGGUUGCAUUUUGUGUAUCAGCAAAUUUACACGUCGACGCCUCAGAAAACAGCCUAUGUGAAGUAACCUGGAUAUAUUCUUAAACCAUUCUUUCAUCAUGUUCUGGAGUAUUGUGGGUCUGAUUUCUUGUGUGAAACUACUUCUUAUCCCAGCCUAGUAAGUGAAAUUCAGUAGAAGAUGCUGCAACCUGUUGAUGUUUGAUAACAAACUCCAGUUCCCUGUAGAAAAAAAGGCGCAACUGUCGUUCUACUGACUUCGAAGUUCAUCGCAAUUGGUUGGCAAUAACUCAUUCAUUACCCAUCAGCAAAUGGUAUUACGAAGCUACAUCAGAAUGGACUCUUGACUAUCCCCCUCUAUUUGCUUGGUUUGAAUUUUUCCUUUCCCAUGUUGCAAAGUACUUUGAUCCACAAAUGUUGGUUAUCAAAAAUAUUAAUUAUGCAUCAUCGGAAACUAUAAUAUUUCAGCGUCUCUCUGUAAUAAUUACAGACUUGGUUUUUGCCUAUGGAACUAGGGAAUGUUGCUUGUAUUUGAGUGGUAGUGGUGUCAGAAAAAGUAGCAAAUGGGGAUCUCGCUGGGGAUCACCUGCAGCAAUUCUACAAGUAUUGUUACUUGGCAAUGCUGGCCUUCUUUUAGUUGACCAUAUCCAUUUUCAAUAUAAUGGAUUCUUGUUUGGUCUUCUGUUGAUAUCAAUUGCUAGAGUUUUGCAGGUUUUCUCAAGGCUUUUUCCAUUUAAAAGGGGUUUAUGUCAUGCAUAUUGGGCUCCAAAUUUCUGGGCUAUUUACAACACCAUUGACAAAAUUGCCACAGCCAUUGCCAGUCAUUUGGGUUUUAAUGUGAUCUCGGAAAAAGCCUCCAUGACUGGAGGCCUGGUCCAGGAGUUCCAACAUAACAUUCUUCCCAGUAUAGAGCCCAAAACAACAUUUUUAUUAACAGUUCUUGCAAUGACUCCUGCAUUGGUUAAAUUAUGGAGAUGCCCCGGGAAUCCACUCCAUUUUGUUCGGUGUGUUGUCUUGUGCGCUUGUGGAUCUUUCAUGUUUGGGUGGCAUGUACAUGAGAAAGCUGUUCUACUGAUUAUCAUUCCAUUAAGUGUAAUGGCUGUUGUGUGGAAAAAAGAAGCACAAGUUUAUCUGAUGUUUGUUACUGUUGGUCAUUAUUCAUUAUUCCCACUUCUUUUCACAUCAUUUGAGUUACCUAUUAAGGUGUUACUUUUGGUUAUUCAUUCAUCAUAUGCUUUUGUGAAUCUCUCUAAUCUUUUUGAUUUAAAACAUGACACCUUUACUUUGCCAUUGUUGACAAUAUUUGAAACAUUAUAUAUUUUGGGUCUGAUCCCACUAUUUUUGUAUGAAAAUAUAUUUCAUUCUUGGUUAGGAAUCAAUAAUAAGUUACCAUUUCUUCCUUUGAUGCUUACAUCAAUCUACUGUGCUUUAGGUGUCACCUACUCAUGGUUGAAAUACUAUUGGCAUUUUUUGACAACUAGUGAAGUAAAUCACAAGAGAAAAGCACACUGACCUUGUACCUGAGAAAUGACUAAUACACACUAAAUGUAUUAUCAUGAUUUGUUGUAAUGAUGUUUGGUAGAUUACCUGUACCAAUGUAAUAUACCAAAGUUUUGUUAUGUAACGUGUUUUUAUUACAUUAGAUAUAUCUAUUUUAUUAUCAAUAAUAGUUGUACCCAGGAAAAUUGGUCGGAGCUCAAUGAUAUUUAGCAGGAAGGGAAUUAAUGAGAUUAAACGAUUUUAAUUUGAAUUAAUCUUUCUAGACAAAAAAGCACCUGGGAGUGACAACCCAAUAUAAAACUUUAUAUUUUUGUCAAGUACAGACUCAAAGAUAGUUUCUAUGUAUGGUGAUACACUUGCAGCAUUCCUGGAGAUAGGACUACCAGCAUUGUAACUAAAAAAUAUUUCUUGAAAAAAAUUAAUUAAAAAUUGAAAGAAAAAAAAGCAUUGCCUUCAUUGCUCUUUUUGUAGUGUUGAAGGCUAUCUAAUAAUUUUAUAGCGUGACAAAGUACAGUAUCUGCCCUGAACAGGAAUUACAAAUCAGUGUAAAUGUGUGAAUAAAACUGUAUAUCGUAAGAGAUCACCAAACAAAGAGACUGUCUUUUAGGAAAAUCUCUUGAGAACAAAACAAUAUGCAUUUAGAAAUUGGAAAAUUGGUUGAGUAGACUCUGUUGUAAUAUGUUCACAGAGGGGGAAAAAACAAUACCAAAGUAUGUGUGGUACUAUCCUUUAUACUUUUGGACACAUGCCUGAAAGAAUUUGACAAAAGCAACAAUAACAAGCCUGCCUUGUGUUUUGUAGACCUCCAAAAGGCAUUUGAUCAAGUAGGGCUAAGAAACGUGAUCAUAAUUUUGAGUAACGAACUAGUGCCUACAAAAAUUGACAGAAAUCAUUGAAACUAUAUACAGACAUUAAAACUAAAGUAAAAGAAGGAGACCUAACUACAGAUGAAAUAGAAUGUGCAGAUGGAAUAUGCCAGGGCUAUUCCUGAAGUCCAGUAAUCUUCAACUUGAUAAUGGAUAAACUAAUAGGCGUAAAAACAAUGAAAGGCUACAUGAUGGGAAACAACUACGUAAACAUAAUCUGCUACACAGAUGACGCAGUGCUUAUAGCAGACUCUGAAGAUAAUCUGU